AUCUAGGAGCGCCACUGGGUUUUCGUCUGCUGGCCUCUGAAAUGGGCUCGACUAAUCAGCCCUGAUUUCAUCCAUAUUUCUUUAUCAUAUUAACUGUUCCGAAAGCUUAAGGCAGUCGAGGCAUAUCCACAAUGAUAUUUGGAGGUAAGUGCACGAGAAGACAGGAAGUCGUGGCGUCUGGAGAUACUAUAUUUGACCGAUAAUAACAGGUGAGGCGGUGGACGAGGUCAGCUGCAGGUUCUCAGAGCUGGUUCCUGUGGUGCUGACUGCCUGGCCAACGGGCUCCACUCCCCGUGCUGUACAGUAAAGAGCAUUUCACGCCCAGACAAGACCACACGGCACCGCCAUGAAGCCGGGUCACGAGCGCAAUCAGGAGUGCCUGCCUCCCAAGAAGAGGGAUCUCAACAACAGCACCAGUAGCAGUAGUGCUACUGGUGGGGUGGGAGGGGGAGGGGGGGAGGAAGUGCCCUCCACUCAGAGCUCAGGGGUCGGUAGUGACACUCAGGGAGGUGGCACAGCAGAGGAGUGGCUGCAUGCUCAGCCUGGUCUACACUAUGGAGUAGAGAGUGCUGAGGGCCUCCAAGGGCUGCCUGUUGACCAGUACAGCAUGCUCUAUAGGGUGGCUCUCCCUUCUGUCUCCUACUCCCAGACCAAUCUACACCCAGUGUUAAGCCAUAUCUCUCCAGCUUACACUGUCCCCUCAUCUCUCCUACAGCAUCAUCCAGGUAUCUCCUAUCCCCCUCUAGGCUAUGCCCAGAUCCCCCACUCCUCUUUCCAGUUUGUCUCUCCAUAUGGUGCAGUCCCUUAUGCAGUCCCCCCUGGCUUUGUUCCCAGCACCCUGAUCUCCCCCUCAGUUGCCCUCUCCCAGCCCCACCUGGUCCCCUACCAGUCAGUCAUCCAGGAGGGGUUGGUCUCCCCUCCUACCCAGACCCAUGUAUCUGCCCAUGCCUUUGCCAAAGUGGGGUCUUCCGGAGGGGUCCCGCUGAUGCUGACCUCGGAACAGGCUGCCCAGCACCUGGGCCCGCUGCCCGCCGCAGAGCUCAGUCCUCGGGGAGUGCCUGUCUUUUACCACCCUCAGGGCACCAGGGCUGCGCCUGCCCCCAGGGACCCCUACAGCGGGGAGCAGGAGACAGACAGGGAUAGGGAGGUGAAUGGGGGGGAGAGGGAGCAGGCAGCCAGGGAGAUGCUCCAGGACUACAAUGCCAGGAAUGCAAGGCUGCUGCAGGCAGCAUCCGCCUCUGUAGCACUGGAGCACGCACAGGACAGGAGCCUGAAGAGCCGAAGGCUGGGCGAGAGGGCUUCGCCUGGGCAGCGCAGCACCCCAGACACUGACCUGGAGGUUCAGCAGGUUGUUGGUCGCCUAGCCUCUCCUGUCCAAGGUGUGAGUGGAGGGCGCAAAGAGGUGUCCUUUGGUCCCCUGAACCUAUCCCAGGGCUCCCAGAGAGGCAGAGAGGCUCAUGGGGAGGCAGGGGAGAGUACUGGCCGGACAGCAUACGCGAUCCACCCUGUGGUGUAUGGAGACCCCAGGGUGACGGCCCAUCAACAGCAGGCAGUGCAGCCAGGCCACGCGGUCAUCUUGGCCAAUGGACAGACAGUCCUGGUCCCCUUAGACUAUCAUCAACAUCAACAGCCACCCCAGCACUACCCCAGCCGGACCAAUGACGACACACCUGCUGUCACCAUAGCCUCCCCCACCACCUACUCUAAAGCCUCUGAGUCUCCAGCCAGAGUGUGCCUCCCAGACAGGGCUGUGGUGGAACUGGCCGCCGUGGAGCAGCAGCCUAUUUCUGUUCCUGUCGCGGCAGCCCUCACGCAGGCCCUGGCCCCGGCGCCCACCCCUGCCCCCUCCAAUCCCUCCCAUUUCAUGAAGGGGGCCAUCAUCCAGCUGGCCACGGGGGAGCUGAAGCGUGUAGAGGACCUGCAGACUCAGGAUUUUGUGCGGAGUGCUGAGGUGAGCGGGGGGCUGAAGAUCGACUCCAGCAUGGUGGUGGACAUCAGGACCAGCCAGCAGAGACCCGGCCUGGUGGCGCUGCACUUCACAGUGGGCGAGCAGCAGAGCAAGGUGACCAUCGACGUGCCCCCGGAACACCCCUUCUUUGUGUUUGGCCAGGGCUGGUCCUCCUGCAGCCCAGAGUGCACGGCCCAGCUCUAUGGCCUGGCCUGCCACCACUUGCAGGUAGGAGACGUGUGUGUGUCCAUCACUCUGCAGCAGCCACCCCAGCAACAGAAACAGCCCCUGCAGCAGCAGCAGCAACAACAACAGCAGCAGCAGCAGACCCAAGCCAGGACUUCCACCAAAGUCAACUCCACACCAGGGGCCAUCGGCCAGCCCAUGGGGCCCCCUGCCCCCCAGCAGCCCAGGCAACAGCCUCACUUCAGGAUGGAACGCGUCCAGAGGGAGAGGGGGGAUAAAGAGGAGCCCAUGCAACUAGGGGGUGUUGUGCAGAGUGAGAUGCCCACCAGACCAAAUAGGACUUCAGCAGAGCAAACUAGGAGCCAGAGCAGUUACUAUUUGCACACGGAGGGUUCUGCUCGUCCAGGGGCGGGGUUGGGAGUGGUGUCGACAGUGUCGAGCGCGUCUCAGAGGCGCUGGUCCGCCCCCGGCCUUCAGAGGUACAUGAAGGUAGAGGAAGGGGCACACCCUCAGCUGGGCCCCUCUGGCUCCUCUCGACCCUCCUUCAUCCCACAGGAGGUCAAACUGUCCAUCGAGGGGCGCUCUAAUGCUGGGAAGUAGCACCAACCAUGGCAGUCCACACCACAGAAGAGACUGUCAGAGGAGUGAAAGCAUCAGAGAGGGGGAAAGGGGAAAAAGAGUGGGAAUGUAGCCUCUGAAUGUUUGAUAUUUUGCACACCUAUUAAGAUUACAAGUUUUUUGUUUUCAGGGGAACUACCUGGUCUGGUGGCUGGUCAGGUCCGCUCUAUUUGCCUGUCAGUCAGUCAGGACAGCUCCUGGUCCAGUGAUCAGGAGAUUGGGUCUCUGCUCUCCCAGGCUGACAGGGAGCAGAUGCAGAAGCAGGGAGUGUAUGUAGCUGGUGAAUCACCUACCAAAGUCUUCAGACUGCAUCUUCCUUCUGAAAUACCAACCUCUCAAAACCAUCCUUAUCAGAGGUGAACCAACCUCUCAGAACCAUCCUUAUUAGAGGUGAACCAACCCUCAGAACCAUCCUUAUUAGAGGUGAACCAACCUCUCAGAACCAUCCUUAUUAGAGGUGAACCAACCCUCAGAACCAUCCUUAUCAGAGGUGAACCAACCCUCAGAACCAUCCUUAUCAGAGGUGAGCCAACCCUCAGAACCAUCCUUAUCAGAGGUGAACCAACCCUCAGAACCAUCCUUAUCAGAGGUGAACCAACCCUCAGAACCAUCCUUAUCAGAGGUGAGCCAACCCUCAGAACCAUCCUUAUCAGAGGUGAACCAACCCUCAGAACCAUCCUUAUCAGAGGUGAACCAACCCUCAGAACCAUCCUUAUCAGAGGUGAUCGCAUUCACUGGACUUUCUCUCUUUGACCAAACCAUCUCCUCUGGAAACCCAAGACUGGGGAGAAUAUAUAGCUCAUGUCUGGUAGACAGACAACAGGGUCUGACACAGUGACAAGAACAUAGCUAUCCUAUUAUGCUCUGUCUCCCCCCACAUUUCUAUUUUGGUCUGUUACCUUCAAAAGCGUUCUCCCAAAAAGAAAAAAAGACUAAAGGUGCACUUGCGGUGCUGAAUUGCUGGCAUCGGCACAUAUAUGCUUUUCCCUCUAAUGAUGUUGGUUCUCUUGAUGCAGACUCUUGAUGUGUGUCAUCGUAACUUAGUGUGCUUCUCUAGUAGGAGCAGAGGACUUCUACUAAGGCACAGACGCUCUCCCUCAUCUCCCUGCCUCUCCUCGUAGGGCCCAGUCUGCUGAGAUAGGGUCUGAGAGGAGGGCAGGCAGCCUUAGAGGUCUUUCAAUCAGCUCCUUCAAUCAACCAAUCAGAACCUAGGAAACCGCUCACUCCUUUCGUAACGCACCAACCACGCUUCCCCGUUUUUCAUUUUACACCCCAACCCCACUUUGUGCCACGGUUACAUGUCAGUUUUCCCUUCGAAAGAAACCAAAAGAGAUCAUGCAUUCCAGUAUCAUAGUGAUUAUCAGUGACCACAAGACAAAACAACACUCAUCUUCCCGAAUGCAGCCCUUCCUGCCUGCUAUACCUCUCAGCAUUCCUCUGCCUGACUGGUGACUGUUUACUGUCACUGUAUUUGUAGGUACCACUACUGGAGGCACGGGCUGCUCCACUAAUGUCGCCUGUGGGAAUGAAGCCUGCAUGGAGCAGUACUGGCUGCAGCCCGUCGUGGACGGUGAGGGCCAAAGAGUGGGACCCUGCCUUCAUAGAGCCAUGUUGGCCCCCAUAUAAUCUCUUUCAGUUCAGCUGGGCCUAUGAGGGGGAGCCCUGUGUGUGUUGGAGGGGAUGGAGUUGGCCCUGCUUCAUACCUUUUUCACACUAUUGUCUCAACACAAACUGGGGGGAUCUUUUGGCUUGCUUUCCAGUAUAUAUAAUUGGUUUAAGGUUAUCCUGCCAUUUCCCAGUCUGGUUUAGGUUGUUCAUGGCUAGCUAGCUAUGUGCCUCUGCUCGUUUAAAAGCAGGAUGGCACUAGAUAUGUUAUCUGGCCAGGUCAGCUUACACGACUGUGUGAAAUGGGUAUAUGAGUCUAGUCAAUCCUUGCUCAGUUACCAAAAUCAAAGCAAUAGUGGCUUUUCUGUUUAUUUGGGGUUUUCUGUGUAUUUUGUUAUUGUUUUUAUAUUAAAAUCUUGCGUAUCAGACCUAAUACUAUCUUUAACCCUGACCCGAAACGUUCCUGCUUUUCAAAGGUGAUGCACAAUUUGUCUCUGAAAUGUUUUGUUCUUUGUAUGGUUAUUACAGAUUCACAAUCAAAGCCAGUCUUUUGAAAAUAAUUUGUUUUCAAAAACCAGGCAUUUCCUCUGGAGAGAAUAGUCUCAUUUUUGAUGGACUGGUGGUUCAGGCUCUGAUCCUCACUGAUAGUAUUCAUUAUGGUUUUAUAUGGUUACCCUAUAUGGGUUUUUUAUGGUUACCCUAUAUGGUUACCCUAUAUGUUUUUUUUAUGGUUACCCUAUAUGGUUUUUUUAUGGUUACCCUAUAUGUUUUUUUUAUGGUUACCCUAUAUGGUUUUAUAUAGUUUCCCUAUAUGGUUACCAUAUAUGGUUUUAUAUAGUUUCCCUAUAUGGUUACCAUAUAUGGUUUUAUAUAGUUUCCCUAUAUGGUUACCAUAUAUGGGUUUUAUAUAGUUUCCCUAUAUGGUUACCCUACAUGGUUUUAUAUAGUUUCCCUAUAUGGUUACCCUACAUGGUUUUAUAUAGUUUCCCUAUAUGGUUACCCUACAUGGUUUUAUAUAGUUUCCCUAUAUGGUUACCAUAUAUGGUUACCCUGUAUGGUUACCCUAUAUGGUUUUAUUCAAGUGCAUCUCCCAGAGAGGCUUGACUCCAAAUCAGUGGUGAGCAUCUUAACUGUCCUCUGUUUUGUCCUCUCCUUUGUCUUUUGAUCUACUUGUGUACAUGUAGAAUUGUUUUAUUUUGUCCAUGGCAAUAUUAUUUCCAGUGGACCUUAAGAUUGUCUUGUAUUGCACAUAGAAAACUUCACCUGUUGAUUCACACUGACCUUGUAAUGGGAAUUACAAAUGUUUUUGUAGUUAUUACAUUAUUUCUUUUAAAGUAUUCUUAAGGGUGUUUUGGCAAUAGAGAAGCUAACUUGCAUGGUUGACGCUGUUUACAAAUUAGCCAAGAAAAAAUGCUGCAGUUUCCUUUUUCGGACACAGAUUUUAGUCACAGAAACUUCAAGUGGAUGAAAUCAAGAUGAAGUGCAAUUAGAGCAGAUGUAAAAAUCACACAGACAUUUAGUUUGAUAUGUCAUUCCAUAAAGCAGACAGACAUUCAGUUUGAUAUGUCAUUCCAUAAAGCAGACAGACAUUUAGUUUGAUAUGCCAUUCCAUAAAGCAGACAGACAUUUAGUUUGAUAUGCCAUUCCAUAAAGCAGACAGACAUUUAGUUUGAUAUGUCAUUCCAUAAAGCAGACAGACAUUUAGUUUGAUAUGUCAUUCCAUAAAGCAGACAGACAUUUAGUUUGAUAUGCCAUUCCAUAAAGCAGACAGACAUUUAGUUUGAUAUGUCAUUCCAUAAAGCAGACAGACAUUUAGUUUGAUAUGUCAUUCCAUAAAGCAGACAGACAUUUAGUUUGAUAUGUCAUUCCAUAAAGCAGACAGACAUUCAGUUUGAUAUGUCAUUCCAUAAAGCAGACAGACAUUUAGUUUGAUAUGUCAUUCCAUAAAGCAGACAGACAUUUAGUUUGAUAUGCCAUUCCAUAAAGCAGACAGACAUUUAGUUUGAUAUGCCAUUCCAUAAAGCAGACAGACAUUUAGUUUGAUAUGUCAUUCCAUAAAGCAGACAGACAUUUAGUUUGAUAUGUCAUUCCAUAAAGCAGACAGACAUUUAGUUUGAUAUGCCAUUCCAUAAAGCAGACAGACAUUUAGUUUGAUAUGUCAUUCCAUAAAGCAGACAGACAUUCAGUUUGAUAUGCCAUUCCAUAAAGCAGACAGACAUUCAGUUUGAUAUGCCAUUCCAUAAAGCAGACAGACAUUUAGUUUGAUAUGUCAUUCCAUAAAGCAGACAGACAUUUAGUUUGAUAUGUCAUUCCAUAAAGCAGACAGACAUUCAGUUUGAUAUGCCAUUCCAUAAAGCAGACAGACAUUUAGUUUGAUAUGUCAUUCCAUAAAGCAGACAGACAUUUAGUUUGAUAUGUCAUUCCAUAAAGCAGACAGACAUUUAGUUUGAUAUGUCAUUCCAUAAAGCAGACAGACAUUCAGUUUGAUAUGUCAUUCCAUAAAGCAGACAGACAUUUAGUUUGAUAUGUCAUUCCAUAAAGCAGACAGACAUUUAGUUUGAUAUGUCAUUCCAUAAAGCAGACAGACAUUUAGUUUGAUAUGUCAUUCCAUAAAGCAGACAGACAUUUAGUUUGAUAUGUCAUUCCAAAAAGCAGCCAGAUAUUCCCAUUAGCUUAUGGUAAUUCCAGUUAUUUUUUUAUUCUUAAAUGUUAAUGCUCUUGUCAGAAAGACAUUUCACCUCUGUUUUGUCUAGUUUUAAUGUCUCUGGUCACUUCUGAACCGAUAGUCCUGUCUGUAAAUGUGUAUUUGUUUUGAUAUCACCUGUGUCACAAGAUGUGCUCCAACACAGAUCCAAGCAUUAAUAUCCCAGGCUCACCGAUACUGUGUGAGAAGGUGUGUUAGAGCAUCUCUCAGCUGGCCUGUCUGUACCUGUAUCCUGGUCUUUGAGCUCUGAGGUGAAGACUGGUGAUUGUGUGUGAUGACACCCAAUGCCUUCUAAUGGACUGGAGUCCCUCAUCCACACUAUUUAUAGAUGGCUGUGUCAAAUCUAGUUCAUACACCCCUUCCAACCCUACUGCCUCCACAACAUUUCUGUUGAGUGGAGCCCCCAAGGACUCACAGUUCACUGAGGAUAAAACCUCUGACCGCCUUCAACAACAAGGAGAGGGAGAGGGGAGGUCCGUUAGGCCUGAUCAGGGCAGAGUCACAUACCAUUUGAUACCGUCAUGACAACCAAUUUGACAUUUUGUUGAAAUAUCAAUGUUUUUAAAUACGGUAGUGGUCAAAUGCCAUACAGAGAUGAGCUGGAUGAUUUUCCACAGUGGAGCAGUAGACGUUUAACCCUAAACCUCUCAAUACUUAUUAAUUCAUUUUUUUUACAGUGAUCACGUUUUGUUAAAUUUUUUAUGCUAUAAGCAAUACAGUUACACAGAAUACCUGAAAACGUCAUGUAGUAUAAGCAUGUGCUAUGCAGUAAACUCUGAAGUAUUCUGCUCUUCAGUGUCCAAGUGUACCUUCUACGGGGUAGGACAGGUUUGUAAUCUAUUUAAAAAGGUGGCUGAUGCAGUCAUUGUACACUGAUCUCUCUGAGUACUAUUGCUUAUCAGUGCCCACUCUUAGGUGUCUGAAUAUAGUGGAUUUAUUUUGUUAGGUUUUUGUUCAGACCCUUAGUUGUCACUAACCUAAGUUCAGCACAGUGUUUUGUUCCAGUCAGUUCAGCCUAUUACCUCCACCUUCCGCUGCCAAGCAGUACGGGCCAAAUCAUAACUAGAGAUGGGUAUGCAUGUGUAACUCAAAUUUUGAUGUAAAUCUGUCAUUGA